GUCCUUGUUAGGGUUUUAGGUGAAAGGAGGUUCUGUUUUUCGGUUCUUCCCACCCCUCUCAUCCAUCAUCUUCAUCUUCUUCUUCUUCUCCACUGAACUCUUCUCUCAUCUCUAACCAUGAGCAGGUCAGGACAGCCACCAGAUUUGAAGAAGUACAUGGACAAGAAUCUUCAAAUUAAGCUGAAUGCAAAUCGCAUGAUUGUUGGCACCCUCCGCGGUUAUGAUCAAUUUAUGAAUAUGGUUGUUGACAAUACUGUAGAAGUGAAUGGCAAUGAGAAAAAUGACAUAGGGAUGGUGGUAAUCAGAGGAAAUAGUGUGGUCACUGUUGAGGCACUUGAACCCGUGACCAGAACCUCCUGAUUUCUGUUUCUUGUGAACUAUUUUUAAAAGUAAAUUUCAAGGUUUAAUAGAAAGACACAGCUGUUGAGACUUGAGAGUAGAACAUAAUUGUGAAUCUUAAUGUGUCAUGUGUACUCAGUCUUGCUAUCUUGUGCUUCUGGAAAGUAGAAACUUUUUCUUAACUAAGGGGAAGUUGAUAUUAAUGACAGUGCCUUAGCAGUUAGCACUA